AUGCCUCUCCAGAAAAGGGUAUUGUUGUUGAUUUGUGAGGAAUGUAAGACGUUUAUUGCCAGAAUGCCCCAUAUGAUAAAGCUAAUGGAAGAGAUGAAAAGAGACAUAGAAGCCAUAAAAAGUGAUAUGAAAACGUCUUUGCCAAAUAAAUCUUAUGCGACUAUAAUUCAAAAUAGCCCAAAAAUCAAAGAAAGAACAAGCCUACCUACGGUCGUUAUUAAGCCUAAAGUAGCACAAAACACUCAGAAGAGCAAGAAGGAUAUCCAGGAUUCGAUAAAUCCAGCAGAGUUGAAACUUGGAAUCAGAAUCCUGAAAGAAACAAGGCAAGGAAACAUAGUGGUGACAUGUGAAACAGAACAAGACAUGAAAUUAUUUAGGGAAGAAGCUGAAAAGAAAUUAAAUAAAAACUACAAAGUUGAGCUUCCGAAAAAAAAUUUACCCAAAUUAAAAAUUGCGGGUUAUUCAGGAGAUGAAUCAAUUGAGAAUUUAGAAGAAAUGAUUCGCAAGCAGAACAAAUGGAUUAAUACAUCAGUCCACCUUAAAGUCACUUACGUUAGACGCAUAAAGAAUGAAACUAAAAAUAAACCGAUCUCAACAAUAUACGCCGAAACUUCGGGGAACCUUUUGGAAAGGAUGCUAACCUAUGGAAAAGUUUACGUAGACUGGCAGCGCCUGCCAGUAUAUGAGUACCUGACAAAAAAUGCUCACAUUCUUGCCGAACUGGAGUCUACCCUAAAACAAGAUUACACCCAAUACGAACACCGAAAUGAUCCUUUCCCUUUCAGCCCAUUAAACGAUGAGUGGGAUGAAGAAAUAAAACCUUUAAUAAGUAGAGACACUUUUGCUUCAAUCUACUGCGAAAUUUAUGUUAAAAUUCAAUUUUCAGGUGACCAGUCCUUGGACGAAAUGAUUGAAGAAUAUGAAAAAAAAUUUCACGAUUCAACAAAGUAUUUCAACGAGCUUAUCGAUAAACGGAAAAGUUCAUUGAAAAUGUUGAAAUUUCAAGCCAAAAAUUUGCAGAACGAGUUGCUAACUGAACUUUUCACGUUUUAUCAAAGUUCGUUGAGCAAUGAAAAAGAGCUCGUAGGUGAACUGAAACGUUUAAAAAGCCUAUUGAAAAAAAUAGAUAAACAAUAUAUGAGUAUUGAUGAGGGAAGCAAACAACAAAUUUGGGAGAAUUUUAACAAACUUUCUUAUGAUGAAUUUUCUAAGCUUGAUGAAGAACUUAAAAAUAUUCGUGCUGAUAUUAACGAAAGAAAAGAGAACUAUGAAUUUGAGUUGCCUCAAAGAGAAAAAGAAUUUGAACACCAUUUUGUAACUGGAAAUAUAGCAGAUGGAUUAAAAAAUUUGAAAAUCCCCCUAGACUCUUAUUUAACUUUGCCAUAUUCACAAGAAAUUGAUGAAAUAUCCGCUGCACAAACUCAAACUUCUGUGCUAGUUGAUAUAAAGAAGUGCUUUUCGAAAUUAAAUGAAGCGACGAAACAGCUGACUGAACAAACUGGAGGAAAUAAGAAACUAGAGCUUUUCACGUCAGAAUCUUCGGAAAUGAGCAAGGUAGACUCAUCCAAAAUGCGGAUGAUUUUGAAUGAUAAUGAAAAAACAAAUAUAUUUGGAAAAACUAAAGCUAAGACUUGGAGAGUGGAAGAUUUUAUGAGCGAUCAACCUUCACGUGGGAGUAUUUUUCAGUUUUAAUAACUUUUUAAAAAUUAGGAGUAGGACUUCCAAAUACAUAGAAUCUCCCAGCUACCCUCAAUUUACUUCAUCGUCAAGUGUUUGCUUCUGUAUUUGUAUAAAUAAAGCUGGCGCUGUGCAAGCCUUGUGCAUGCGCCCAAAUUAU